AGGCCAUUGCAGAAGAAGAAGAAGCAUUUGAAAUAUUAAAAGUUAGGUUAGGAGAAAGAAAAAUAAUCGAAUUUGAAGGGUUAUUCAAGGAAAAAUGGGUAAAAUAAGUUUACAAAUUAGGACUACAUUAGAGGCUAUCGAAGAAUUAUAUACGAAUCAUCCCGAUUACACAUUCUUGUUAAAAUUGAAGUGUACCAGUUGCGGGGAAGUCUCCGAUAAGUGGCAUGAUGUUAUCGAGUCCCAGACUUACCCUGGAAAGACUGGUAAAUCUGAAAAUAAUUAUAUAGCUAAGUGCAAGUUAUGCGGCAGAGAGAAUUGCUUAGACAUUGUUCAAGGAAGUAAUGGAAAAUACACCAGUGAUGAUCAGGGCAGUUUUAAAACUAUCGUUACAUUUGAUUGUCGGGGGAUAGAACCGGUCGAAUUUUCUCCCAGCGAAGGGUGGAUCGCUAAAGCUGAAGAGAGUGGAAAAGUCUUCGAUAAUAUUAAUUUAACCGAGAAGGAAUGGGUCGAAUAUGACGAGAAAAGCCAGCAAUCCGUAGGCGUUUAUGAAUUCGAGUCCAUGUUUAUUUCCGUCAAAUAAUUUUAUAUAGAUAUAGGCGUAACACUGUGGAUAUUAAUUUUAAAGUUUGUUAAGGUAAAAUGCUCUUUUUUUUCAAUAAAUUGGAGAAAAACAAUGGUUUAUUGUGAAAUAAAAAUGUAUAUUGAUAAAAUUUCUACACAUUAAAAAAUUACAAUAUUUGUAAACGAAUCUAGGAUGAAAAAAUUCACUGUACACUAUAAAGUUCUGCAAUUACAUACAUAAAAGGUAUAACAAUAUAUACAUAUAUAAUACAUCGAUUUAUACAUUUAAAAAAUUAUUAUCUGUGUGUCUAUGCAAAAUGUUAAUUUAUUUAAAUAAAUAUAUUUACUAUGGUUACCACACGAGUGUCUCGGAAUGAAAUGAGACAAGUAAUUUUUCAGAUUGAAAGAAAAUUACUAAAUUUCGUCCAUCGAGCUUGAAAUCGAAAGGAUUCGGUCAGAGUUAUUACGAAAUUAUAAUUAGAAAUUUAAAAAAUAUAAUUAUGCGCAUAUGUUGCAAAAAUAUUACACCUCGACACACCACAUGUAAAAUUUUACAUAUUGAUUUAAUACGUGUAAGUUUUCGACUUUUUGAUAAUUCAAGAGACAUAUCGCUUCUCUUAUGAAAAAACUGGUCGGUAAAUUUUGUUAGAAUAGCAGAAAUCCACACAAUUAAUGUUUUAUAAUCCGUGUAUUUUGAUCUCUGAUAUUAUUAAAUUCUUAGAACUUGGAAAAUCACGGCAAAAUUUCGGAAAUUCUUUUGACCCUUUAAUUUUUUGCAUUAGUUUAACAGAAAUACUGUUUAAAUUGCCUGGUCAACGAAGACAGGAGCUUUCCCAAAACGAACCACGAACAUUGAUAU